GCGCCAUAAACUAAUGUUUGGUGCUGUGACUGCUGUUCGGCAAUUGGGGGAGCUCUCCUUCAAAUGUGAACCCCGAAGCUUGGCGGAACAUCGACGAUCUUUGGCGGCGAUGUGUCACUUGGACUUUUCAGCCAGCCACUGCAGUGUGACAAGAAAGUAACGUGUAGCCGCUCGCCAGACCAGCUACAAAAACAUGUUUGGGAUAUUAUGCCGGACUAACUGGUUUCAGUGGUGAAAGCUGGUAGUUGCCUCCAGGGAAGCAAAUGGGGAUGAUGCCAGCACUCGAUGGACACGGCUCUCUCUCAUCCAGGCCUGGUACCCUAGUGUGAGCCAAGUAUGCAGUGUCACAUUUCAUCUCCAAAGUAGUUAGAAAGAACCCGCUUCUGGCUCAGUGUGCAUCAGCUAAUAACAUCAAGACUCGUUGGCCUUGUAUCAGACUUUGUCGAUGUGGGAACCACUUUGCCUCUAGAAGAAAAACUUAAGUGCCUGCCUGUUUGAGCCUCACGUAAAGGCUUAAAACCUUACAUCAUUACUUUGCAGCUCAGGUGCAAGCCCAAGUGUUAUACAGCUGUCACUGCAUCUGUGGCAGCAGGCAUGAGUGGUGUUUGUCAGGAUUUUUCAAGAACUUGUAGUCAUUCUACAGCAAUUAACAGAAAAUUUGUAACACUGUUCAGCUGGAGCUGACAUCUCACAAGCCAGUUCCACCGAAGAACUUCUCGCUGAGUGAGGAGCAGCACAGGAGGAACAGGGGGUCUUAGGGAAUACAACCUUCCUCAGGCUUGACAAACUGAUUGAUUCCUGUCCCAACUAAUACCCUUGACCCUGUACUCAGCCCUUCAGAAAUAUCUUUGAAACAUCUUAGUUUGGUGGUACCAUGCCUACCAACCAGUCCUCCCCAUGGGGUGGACCGAAGCUUCAGGCUUAUUCCAAUGAAGAUAGUCCUACUACUACUACCUUGCCCAGAAAUAAUGCCAGAACAACCUCAGCCACUAAAGUGCCUUUUAGUCAGGCUUCCCUAGAGAUCUCUGGGCAAAAGGUCCAAGCCAAACCUCUCUCCUUUAAUGUUACUUCAUCUUCUUCCCCCUUGAGGCAGACAUCAUCUGGGGUUUCUACAUGGGAGAGUGGGGAUGAAAAUAAAAUCAACACCCAGAGCCAGUUCACUGCUGUUCCAAAUGGAUCUCUAGCCCUGCCACAGCAACAUAAUGGGAUUCAAAUCCCAAACCAGGUACUGGCAGCAGGACUGAAGGAGUCUGGUAGCAGCCUCACAAAGACCAGUGACCCUUCCUCCAUCCAAAAGAAAAAAUGUCAAGUUGGAACUAAUAUCCAGCUGCAGAAAUGCAUGUCACUCCAAACUGGUCAACCUGGAAAUGGUUUAGCAGUGAACAGACAUCGGGCUGCAAUGGACAACACACCACUAGGAUUGGAGCAUUUUUUGUCAGUUUGUCAUCAAGACCUGUUGAUUAAAGGACAGCGUAGUUUGGAGUACACUAACAAGUUGAUGACUGAAGCUGCAGACUGUUCCUUCUUGCCGUCAGAGCCUUCUUUAUGCCUUACUCUCUGUAAAUGUCAGGGGGCAGCACUAGGAAAGGAUGCCUCCAGCCUUGAUGGCACAAAUAUAGACAGAAGCGCAACAAGAGAAACAAGCACAAAGAGGUGCCAUUCAGCUAAACCUCCAACAAAAUGCAGUCAGACACAUAACGGUUGCACAGCAGUAACUGAUUUGAACAGUCAGUUGAUAGUAAGAGGUGGUUCUCCAGCUCUUUUGGCAUCGAAUGCAAACAGCAAAUGCCAAUCAAUAGCUUCACCAGAUGCAACCAAGCAGGGCCCAGAAACUCAGGCUCCUCUGGGAAGAACCCUGUUAACAUGCAGAGGAACCGGUCCUCCAGCGGCCAGUCCCUUUCCAAAUGGUGCUGUGCCUCCUGUACUCAGUGACAGUGUCAGUGGCACGCAGGAGCAGCAUCCCACAGCGCCAGAUGUGAUCCCAGCUUUAGGAUUCAGUUCCCACAACAUGAAACCAGAAAUGGCCAGUGACAGUCUCUCUGGGUGUGUGACAGGAACCUUGGUCAGCUGUGUGACCUCUCAGAUCUCCACUAUCCACCUCACCAAGCAGGGACAGCCUGCCCCCAUGUUGCCUUCAUCUCCAUCUCCUUCCUCACCUUGGCCAACAGAGGAGCAUCUGGUUGGAGAGACUCAGCUGUCUGGGCCAGAGGUUGUUAUGCAGGUGGAUGGGGCUGAGGAAGAGCUGCCUGAUGAGUUGGAAAACGCCUGCAGUGACAUUGAUGAUUCAGACUGUUCAUCUAUCAGUGGCACCUCAUCCACAGCAUCUCUUGCGCUCCUUUCUGGUGUUGAGGAGCCGAUGUCAGUGGGGGCAGAAGAUGAUCGAGAAGAGCGACCAGCGCUGGUUCCCAGUUUGUUCCCCUUCAUCCCUCCAACACUCUACUUUAGCACAGCCAAUGAGAAAGUGGAGCUUCUGCCUGCAGAACAAAGACGGCUGUUAAAAUGGAAGAUGAGCACCGUCACUCCUAAUGUUGUCAAACACACCAUUGCCAGGUCACACUUCAGAGUCACCCAGAAAAGCCAUGACUGGCUGGGCUGCUGGGGACACCACAUGAAGUCUCUUGGCUUUAAGGCCCUCAGAGAGCACCAGAAGCUGAACCAUUUCCCAGGAACAUUUCAGAUUGGUAGGAAGGACCGGCUGUGGAGGAACCUGUCAAAAAUGCAGGUUCACUUUGGAAAACGAGAGUUCAACUUUUUCCCCCGGACCUUCAUCCUUCCGCAGGACAUCAAGCUGCUUCGCAAGGCCUGGGAAGAAGGUGGCUCCAGGCAGAAAUGGAUUGUCAAACCACCUGCAUCAGCCAGAGGAAUAGGAAUCCAAGUCAUCCACCGAUGGAGCCAGAUGCCCCAUAAGAGACCACUGCUGGUCCAGAAAUACCUUCACAAGCCCUACCUCAUCAGUGGUAACAAGUUUGACCUGCGGAUCUACGUCCAUGUAACGUCCUAUGACCCACUCAGAAUUUACGUCUUCUCUGAUGGACUGGUUCGAUUCGCAAGCUGCAAGUAUUCGUCUUCCAUGAAGACACUAAGUAACAAGUUCAUGCACUUGACCAACUAUAGCAUCAACAAGAAGAACUCUGAAUACCAGAGUAACAGCAACGACAAGGCCUGCCAGGGACACAAAUGGGCAUUGAAGGCCUUGUGGCAGUAUCUUGGUUUGAAGGGAGUUAACACCACUCUGAUAUGGGAGAAGAUUAAAGACAUUGUCAUCAAAACCAUCAUUGCGUCAGAACCACAUGUCAACAACCUGCUGAAUAUCUAUGUUCGGGCACCUUACAGCUGCCAUGAGCUGUUCGGCUUUGACAUCAUGCUGGAUGAGAACCUCAAACCCUGGAUCCUGGAGGUCAACAUAUCACCCAGCCUCCAUUCCAACACAGCGCUGGAUGUUUCCAUCAAAGGUCAGAUGGUCAGAGACCUACUGAACCUGGCUGGCUUUCAUAUUCCUCAAAGGGAAGAUGUGGUCGCCGCUUGCAGCAACACCUCCAGCUUCACCGGCAGGGAGAGGAGCAUGCCAGAUCUGUCUGCUGAUGAGAAAGUCAAACGGGCCUUUUACCUCACACAGCGUUAUGCUGACCAGGACUUCCUGUCUACGGUGUUGGAUGUUCUGACUCCGGAGGAUGUUCGUGUGCUAGCAGAGAGCGAGGAUGAGAUGAAUCGUCGAGGGGAGUUUGAGCGAGUUUUUCCAUCACCGUCAUCGUCCCGCUACCUUCGCUUUUUCGAGUGUCCGCGAUACCCCAACAUCCUGUUGGACCAGUGGGAGCAGAAAUACUGGAACAAUAGGACACAGGGUAUCAGUCUGCUGAGAUCUCUGUGUCAGGAAGGAAUCCAUCUGGGAACCAGUAACCCUGCUCACAUAUGGUCCAAGUGUAGCUUCAUCUCCAAGUUGGAACCUGACCGAAAAGGCCUCGUCAGCCCAUCCAAAUCCAGGGUUCUGGUCAGCUAUCAGCACCGGUCCCAUCAUGGUGACGAUGACGACGGCUCAGACAGAGAGGUCGCUUCAGUUUCCAGCCAGUCUCUUUCUCCCAGUCCUGGAUCAAGCGUCACCAGCAGUGGCUGUGCAAGCCCUCAGCCCAGCCUCAGCCAGACCCUGCUGCCCCAGCAGUUUGCCUCACUCUGAUGAUCUAGUUUGCUACCAUGAUGUUCAGAACACAGAACUCAGGGUCUCAUUUAGCCCUAUCCUCUUCCGAAGUAGCCUUCUAAAGGUCCAUGUCUGUUAGCUGUAAAACACUUCCUCUGGACAGGAAGUGUACUCAGCAGUCUUGACAAACACCAUAGAAGGGAGUGUUAAAUAAAAGAAGCAUACAGUAACUACUGCAGACAGAAAGUGGCUCUUUAUUAAAUAGAGGAACUUUCUGAGCAUUACGGCGUUUUAGUGCUAAACAUCAUAAUGGGUGUUGGCUGAUGGUGGUUUAUCCUUUUCUAGCUUUAUUCUCACCCUCCAUCACUUCAGAGUGACUAAAAAUACAAUACUUAAAGCACAACAUCAGUGUUUUUAUAAUUCAGCCGUUUGGCUGAGCAGGAGAAGUGUAGUAGAAACAGACUUGGCAACUUAACUAUGAUGCACAUGAAUCAUGUGACUUAAAUGUUCACUGAUGAGCUAAAAACAUAGCAGUAGAACAAAGCAGAUCCGAGGGGAUGAUGAUGUAACUUUAUUCAAAUUAGGUCAUAAAGCAAACACUAUAUUUCCUACAUGUUUUCUUUUUUUUUUUCUUUUCAUUCUUUGAAGUUUGACUAGCCGUGUUUUGAAUAUGUAAUCUUGUUAUACCCUCUUCUGCUAUUUAAUAGCGCCCAAGUGAAAAAUUAGCUAAGCCUCCUGAUAUUCAUUAAACAGUAGUGGAUGGAAACGUACAUUUUAAGUAAUCUGUCACAGUGAGCUUUUCUUAAUUUGCUUAAUUGGCAUUGAUCCAUGGUAAUGCGGUGCAGACUUUUUACAUGGGUCAGCUGUGCAACCAUGUGAGCUGUACAGUGGUAGGAGCAACAUGAAUGGUGUGACAGUCUGAUUUAUUAUGUUAACUUUUUGAUGUGAACAUUCUUAAGGCUGUGUUCAGGAAAACACUUUGAGAACAAUAGACACACAAGGACGCCUCUCUACUGGCACAGCAGAGAACAAGCAAACAAAACGUUGAACUCAGCUCAACGUUUUCUCAGCACGGUGUCAGUGGUGCUGAACUGGCCAGUCCAAUACAGUAUCUUAAUCCACCUUGCAGUGUUUGGCUUCAGACAAGUCUUUGAACUCAUGGAUGUAUUACUCAGACUAGGUGGUACUUCUUGUCUGUGUCCGUAGCCACAUGCCCCCACAUAUGUUGUAAACUCGCCUGUAUGAUCUCCGGAUCCUGUCUGGCCACACAUCUGUCCUCACUGGCCUUUGAUACUAAACUGUAAAUAAGAAAUGGGCUUCCUCACAACUAAUACCACAGGGCAGUGUUGGAGUAGACUAUAGGUUUGUGCAUUUUAUGCGCACACUAGCACAAAUAAACCUGAGCCAGCAAUACCUUACAGAAAGAAUACAGUGGUCCAAAGUUGAUAUUUAAUGAUGCAAUGCUGUGAUUUUUUUUGUACCAAGUCUUUAAGUGUUCAUUUAAAAGACUGCUAAUGUUUUGGUGUUGAUCACACAGGUAUGACGUUUGUAGCCUGAUGGACUUUUGUGUGUGCAUGAAAGCAGAGAGGAGUUAAAGAAAGGGGGCCCCAGAGGACAACUGGAGGGAGGGAUGGGGCUGCAGGAAAGUCUGGCGGUGUGUGUGGAGAUCUCUGCAGCUUAUUUCAAACAUUUUUAAAGUGUUGGUACUGACAUUUAUUGUCACUGAUUGAUGUUGGUGUGUUUUACAAAACCUCAUUUUGAUUCAUGAUGUUUACUUGCAGUAUGUAAGAAAUACUUGAAGAUGAAACUGAUUGCUCAGGGUCGUGCAUGUUAGUAGACAAAAAAUUAACAUUACGCACGAUGUUUGUAAUUUGAAUUCAGAGCAGUUUAACAUGGCCAUUUUGAAGUAAUCUGAUCACAGGAACCUGAUUAAAAUUUUAAACCAGG